CAUAUGAUCUCAUAUCAUAUAGCAUAUGCAUAUUGGGAGACUAGCUUCUUCAUAUAUAUAUAUAUUCCAUUGUGAUUGGUGAUCAGAAUAGUAAUAGAUAGUAUUCAUCUUGGCUAGUAACUAGCUUAUAGGUAGCGGUCAUGGGGAGACAACCUUGCUGUGACAAACUUGGGGUGAAGAAGGGGCCAUGGACGGCCGAGGAAGACAAGAAGCUUAUUAGCUUUAUCCUUACUAAUGGCCAAUGUUGUUGGCGGGCCGUGCCCAAGCUCGCCGGGCUUCGCCGCUGCGGCAAGAGCUGUAGGCUCCGGUGGACUAACUAUCUUCGGCCUGACUUGAAGAGAGGCCUUCUUACUGAAGCUGAGGAGCAAUUGGUCAUCGAUCUUCAUGCUCGUCUGGGCAACAGGUGGUCCAAGAUUGCUGCAAGACUGCCCGGAAGAACUGACAAUGAGAUUAAAAAUCACUGGAAUACUCACAUCAAGAAAAAGCUCCUCAAGAUGGGAAUUGAUCCUGUCACUCAUGAACCACUUCAAAAGGAAACUAAGGUGGCCGAAACAUCGCCUGAUGCGGAAUCAGAGAAGCAUCAAAAGCUUGAAUUGCCAGAGAUAAACAGUGGCAGCACUAUCAGCGCUAGUGCCAGCUCGGAAGAUCAGAACUCUUGCUCUCCAACCGAAAACUCAUCCUCCGAUGAAUCCCGUUUACUCGAUAACAUUCUUGAGAAUGUUUCUGAUCAUUACGAUCCAUUGAUAAGUUACCUAUUGGAGGAUGAAGCACCCGUAGUUGAUGCUCCAUGGGAAUUUCCAGCUGCUGCACAAAAUUUUGAUAAUCCUGCAGGGAUGCCAUUGUUGGAUGACAACUGUUCGUGGCUAUUGGAUUGCCAGGAUUUUGGCGUUCAUGACUUUGGGUUCGAUUGUUUCAGUGACAUGGAAAUCUCAAAUGCGUUGAACACCAUAGAGAUGGGGAACAAGGAGUGAGCUGUAAAUUUACCAAGCUGGGGGAAGGAGAAGGAGAGUAAUCAUGAAAAACACAAGAAAAGAAAAACCUUUUAGUUUGCUUAGUGAACAUGUUACACAACAAGUAUCAUGUCUGCCUCAACCUAAUUAGAUCCUUAGUGUAGAAGUAAUUUUGUAUGUAAACCUUAGCAUAUCCUUAGAGGGUUGUCAAGUGAAACCUUGUUUCUUAAGAGGUUUCUCACCAACCAUACCAAAUUAAGAGUAAUCAGCAAUGCCAAGACUGAGAUCCAAAAAUGUGAUGUACUUGGAAAAAAAAAAAAAAAA